AUUAUUGAAGGUGCCUUCUUUGUGUUUAAGACGUAUUUUAAUCCUCUCAUCCUCAUUGAAGCCAAGAAUUACAAGUGACUCAAAAGGUGCAUUAUUGAGAUAUAUUUCUUCAUUUACUAUGUAA